CAUCUCAACACAUGCCCUUCCAAGAUUGCAACACAUGUCCACUAAAAGCUACUUUAAUUCAGACCUUUAAAGAAAAUUGAACAGAUCUGAAUGGAAUGGAGGGCCAAUUGAAUAACCUAUCUUCAAAUUGAACUGCAGGUUCCACGAAGGAACGUUUGCCGGAAGCAAACGGGGUUGACUAUAAGAAACGAAGUGUGAAAGAGUCAUUCGCUUCGAUUCCCUUCAUCAAAUCUUGUCGCCUUCAAUGGCCUCUCCCCUGUCUUGCAUAUUGAUGGUGUGUGCUAGGGCGAUUGAAGGUGGUCGCUUGGAUUUUGCAGAUUCACUUUUGGCAGAAAUUCAAUCUCUACCUUCUAAAGAAGAGAGCAUAUGGACGAGGAACGUUGUCAAAUACUGUGCUGAGGCUCUUGUCCGGCGAGCCUAUAGAAUUCGUCCUCCUUGUACUUUACCCUCGCUACCUUUGCUAUGCGAACCAUUCGAAUACAUGUAUGAACCUUUCUACGAGUUUGCUACAAUCACCAGUAAACAUGCCAUUGCUGAUGCCUUGAAUUCGGGAUAUAAACGACUCCACAUUAUUGACUUCUCCAUCAUGUUCGAUUUUUGGUGGUGGAAUUCCUUAAUUAAAGAGCUCAAAGAGCAGUGUGUUGGCCUUCAAUCAGUCCUAAUAACCACUAUCACACCGAAAUUGUCAAAACACUCUGACCGUCUCCGUAAAAACCAGGAAAGGGCUCGGCAGUUUGGGGGCACAAAUUUGGAAUUGAGGCAAUUGUUAUGCAAUCGUCCGGAUGAUAUUGUCAAUUGUAUUUCCAAGCUCAGAAGGAAAAGGAAGGAUGAGAUUGUGGUUGUGAAUUGGAAUUUUACACUCCACAAAUUGCUUGCACAAGAUGGGGCAAUGGAGCAAGUUCUUUCAAAAGUGAAGGAUUUGGAAGUGGACAUCAUGGUAAUUGUCGAGCAAGACGCCAAUCUCAACAGUCCUGAUCUUUCGGAGCGGCUCGAACAAUCAUUCCAAUACUACUCCACUAUUUUUGAGUCACUGGAGAAAGCAGCUUUUACCAAAUCGUUAUGGGAGACGUAUUUCAGGCGACAGAUUGGGAAUGUGGUGGCAUGUGAGGGCGUUGACCGGGUCGAGCGGAUUGAGUCAUUUGCUCAAUGGAAAAAUCGCAGAAUCCAGUAUGCUGCUUUUGCUAUAAGGCUAACAAGUACCCACCCUUGCAAGGAUGAUUACGUGUUGGAAUUUCUUCUCCCUAGAUUCAUGAAAGAUACUUCAGCACGAGAACUUUUGAUAAAUAAGGUCUUGCGUACUUUGCAGAGGAAAUGUUUAAAGUUGUGGAAAGUUUGGUUCAGAGAACUAAAUGAGGGGAGUGGCUCUGAAGUUAGAUUGGAUGAUGAAAGAAUGGCAAACAUCCCACGUGAAGCAGUUUCUAGGGUUUUUCAAUUGCCAUCAUCCGAUGAUGUUUUACAAGGAAAUGGAUUCAUGACAGUGAACCCAACCAGCAAUCAAGCAGAAGAAACACGCGAGCCUCUUGAACAGGACGUCCAAGAACAAUCUGCUAUACCUGCACCUGCUCUGAAUGGCGAGAAUGCAUCGCUUAGUGGCCUCCAGAGUACUAAUAAACGAAGAAAGAUAUCAGCUGUGUGGGAUGGAUUCGUUAAGCAUAGGAAAGAAAAUGGGGAAGUAUGGGCCACAUGUAAAUACUGUAAGAAGAUGUAUAGAGCAGAAGCCACAAGAGGAACUUCAAAUUUUCGUAAGCACUUAAAAAAAUGUUUGCCAACCAGACAGGAUGAAGCAGAGCAGCAAAUCUUGGUUGAGACAGGUGACUUGAGUACUAGCGUCAUCCAAAGGAAUUUUGUCAUAGAUCAAGAAAGAAGUCGUGUAGACAUUGCGACAAUGAUGAUUAAGCAUGGAUAUCCCCUGACUAUGGUUCAACAUGAGUUUUUUGUGAAGAAUUUUCAGCAAGUGUUUAAACUUUAUUCAAAAGACGUAGUUGAAGCUGAUGUCCUUGCUAUUUGCAGACAAGAGAAGGAGAAACUCAUCAAUUUUUUUGAUAAGCUCUCUUCUCUCUUGAGUUUAACACUUGAAUUGUGGUCAUCUACUGACAAAAUGAUGACCUACUGCUGCUUCACCGUGCACUUCAUUGAUGAUGGAUGGCAGCUGAAGAAGAAGAUUCUUGCUUUCAGGAACUUACGGUACAACUAUGACAUGGGGACUGUACAUGAAGUCUUUAAAAGUGUGCUUACAGAGUGGAGCAUCAACAAGAACAUUCGCUUCAUAUUCCUGGAUAUAACUCCUCCAAAGGAUCACAUGAUUGGAGAAUUAAGAAGUAAGGUUUCUGAUCAAGCCCCACAUAUCCAUGGACAUCUUUUCUGUGUUCCUAGUUAUGCCCAAAUUCUCAGUCUCCUUGCUCAAGAUGGAUUUUCUGAGAUAAGGAGUGUGCUUUAUAAGAUAAGAGAAUGUAUAGAGUACGUCAACGGAAGCUCUCUUAGAAGGCAGAGGUUCCAGGAGGCAAUUAAUAAUGGGAGUUUGCAGGACAGGGAAAUGCCUCCUCUAGAUGUUCCUGCGAGAUGGGACACCACCUUUCUUAUGCUGGAGAGUUCAUUGGAAUUUAUAACAGCUUUUAAUCACCUAGAGCAAUUGGAUGAUGAUUUCAAAGUGAAUCCAUCUGCGGGAGAAUGGAACAAAGCAACAGCCGUAUUUGAGUGCUUGAAAGAGUUGUACAAGUCAACAUGCAAUUUUCCGACAAGCAGAGAUGGUUAUUUCCUCAGUGUUCAUGAUGUUUAUAAGAAUUUGCAAGGCUGGAAACAGAGCGAUUAUGUAUAUGUUCGCGCUAUGGCAAAUAGAAUGAAGGGAAAAUUUGACGAGUAUUGGGGAGAAGCUAGCUUGGCUUUGGGAAUCUCAGCAGUUCUUGACCCAAGCUAUAAAUUGGACAUUAUUGAGUAUGGCUACCGGCAGAUAUAUGGCAGUGAUGCUGACUUGCACUUAUCCAGAUUCCAUUACGAUCUUACAUGUGCAUACCAUAAAUAUGCCAAGGACAUCAGCAAUCAGGGACCAUCUUCUUCUGCCAUGGCUGGCGUGAGUCGUUGUACAUCAUCUGAUAUUAGUUUCAAAGAGUGGCGCAAGGGUAAGAACGAACGCAACAUGGUGCACUCACAAUGGAAUGAGCUUGAUCAGUAUCUACAGCUGCCGCCGGAGAACUUGGAUAAGGAUGGUAACGUAUUAGCUUGGUGGCAAGACAAUGCUCGAAAUUUUCCAAUACUGGGAAAAAUGGCUCGUGAUUUCUUAGCAAUUCCAGUAUCAACUGUCAUUUCCAAGUCAUCAGAGGUUAUGAAGAUGGCAUCAGUCCAUGACGGUGUUCGUCCUGAGAUAGCUGAGGCUUUGAUAUGUGGAAAGGAUUGGUUGGACAGCCCUAACUGGAAGGUCAACCAGGCUGAGCAUAUCUGAAUUGGAUGCUGUAGAAGAAUACUGGACAUACGAUCCUUAAGUGACGAAGACUUGUUAUUUGCUUAAUUUUAUCAUGGAUUUGGGGGGGAAAAACUGUUGAUGUAAAAAAUGAUCUGGAACAAAGUUUGAGUGUUUUUUGAAAGUGUUUAGUUUGAAAAAACAUGAAAUUAAUGUUUGUUUUAGUAUUA